CUACUGUUUGAAAGUGCCUUGUCCUCUCGCGCUAUAUCCUCUCGCUCUCGAUUAGGUCCAUAGACACAGAACAAUGGGAUUAAUUUACACUCUCCGCGUUUUAAUCAAAUCAUUUUUGGUCGUUCUUUUGUGGCCCAAAUGCGAGGGUCGGGAGUCGGAGUUUAACUACGUCACCUGCGGUUCGCUCGUGAAAUUGCUGAACACGAGACACAACGUUCGGCUGCACUCCCAUGAUGUAAAAUACGGCUCAGGCAGUGGGCAGCAGUCUGUGACGGGCGUCGAGAGUGCAGAUGAUGCCAAUAGUUACUGGAGGAUUCGGGGGAAGCCCAACGGGACCUGCCAACGAGGCGUGCCCAUCCAGUGUGAUCAGGCCAUCCGCAUCACGCACAUGACCACAGGACGCAACCUCCACACACACCACUUUAGCUCGCCGCUGUCCAACAACCAGGAGGUGAGUGCGUUUGGUGAGAACGGCGAGGGGGAUGACCUGGACGUGUGGAGGGUGCAGUGUGACGGCUCCAUCUGGGAGCGGGACGAGGCGGUGCGCUUCAAACACGUCGGCACCGACGCCUUCCUGAGCGUGACGGGCGAGCAGUACGGCAACCCCAUCCGCGGGCAGAGGGAGGUGCACGCCAUGGGCACUGCCAACCAGAACAACUACUGGAAGGCUAUGGAGGGUGUCUUCAUUCUCCCCAGCCAAGAACCGCUGAGACACAAUCACGAAGAGCUCUGACGACAUCAUCAAGCUAAUGAGACACCAUCACGAAGAGCUCUGACGACAUCAUCAAGCUAAUGAGAGACCAUCACGAAGAGCUCUGACGACAUCAUCAAGCUGCUGCGUCACGAUGAGCUCUGACAUCAUGACGAGCUCUGACGACAUCACAAUGAGGGCAUCAGACAUCGUCACAUAAUAUUGCGCCUAGGCUUCGUCUGAAAUGGAACCCUAUUCUCUAUUCUAUAAUAUAUACCCACAUGACUCUGAUCAAAAAUAGUGCACUAAAAUAGGGAAUAGGGAGCCAUGUCAGACACAGUCCAAGUCGACUGCAGGAUGCAGCUAACUGGGUCAAGAUGACGCCUAUGACUUUAUGACAUUCUUUUGUAUACCCGUUACCCAACCGGGAACAACGUUGAUGACUAUUGACUACUGACUAUAGGCUUACAUUAGGAGCAUCAGGCUCUGUGCAGUCAGUCUCUGGUGACGUGAUCAGACGGGGAGAUGAGAAGGUUGUCUGACAAUGAGAAUCAGUUGACGUUUUUUGAAUUUGACACAUCUCUGGAACAAAAAUGGGAUUGAAGAAUUUGGCUUUGUUUAGUUUGAGGGAGAUAUCAGAGGUAUCAGCACCUGAAAUCUAAGGGAACCACUGCCAUUUCCAGGUGAAUCUACUGUGUCUGUCUACUCCUUAGCGACCGACUGCAUACAUCCUGAUGCUAAUAAAAACAUUGUCUGGAUUUUUCACUUCCAAGGUCUACACCUCUAGCUGCUGUGCUUACCCUUUACCUGUAAUAAUAUCACAUUUAGACACCACAUACAGUGCUGUAAGGCCUUUCCCAUGGAACAUGACUCACCUGAUUGCUUUUGGGAGUGUUUUCUUAUUGUGUUUAGACUUAUUUUAUGUUUGUAUGUCAGGAAAGGAUAUAGUUUAUUUGUAUAAGGGAAGACAAGAUGAUUUAAGUUAUUUGGAACACAAUUUUUAAGGCCUUUUAUUUUUUGUUCUCUGCAGUUUUCAUUGUGGGUCAUCGGGGAGGAUAUUUUAUAGUCCAUAAUAUAGAGCCUCAACUCCAUAUGUUAUGAUGAAACACCUUGGUUUGGGCUAGUUGCUCUUUCAAUGAUGAAUCACAUCAAUAAUGACA